AUGAAGCUGCUCUUCGUCACCUCCCUUUUCCUUGCUGCCGCGACUGCACUUCCAGCCAAUGGCGACAGGAUGACCGAGCGCGAGGCAGAUUGUGCCGAAGACUGUGUGGAGAGGCUCUGCAUGGGCUUCGCCAAUCUUGACUACGUCGCUUGUAUGCUGAGUUGCCAGACUAUGUGUAGCUGAUCUCCAAUCAUCUUGUUGUACCGCUUCAAGACAUCAACACUCUUACUGUUUACGACUCAAGAAGACUAGAUUGAUGUAGUGGUCAAAAGAUAUAUGCUGGAGAUUUGGAACCGGCGUGUUUUGGAACCAUCCUAAUAACUAGUCUCUAGCUUCCCCCGAGAGUGUUCAAAUUGACCUUGUUAGUACUACCUAAUGUGGAUUGAAAUAGUGAGGCGCUCUAUUCAAGAAGACAGUACUAAAGCCGCUGUCUCAUCGCUCGAAUCUCACAGGGUUGAUGACGUGAUGUUGGUUCGUUGAGGGUUGUCUUGUGCCGAGCUUUUAUCCCCAGUUCUACGAGCGACCGUCACGCUGAAGUUGGCCGUUGAUGAAUGUGCCGGAAGAAUUUUAAUCAAAUACAGCCAUCCUGACAACAGGCAAUGCCUUCUGAUAU